GUAGUCUUUUGUGACCAGUGUCGUUGUAGGUGCAAAGUUUUGGUCAAAGUUUAUUGAAAGUUCAUAUCUUAUCAUAACAUAACCUGUUUUUAAAUUGAGAAUUCGAUUUGUUUUUGAAAAUCAUUGAAAAUGAGUUUAAAAUUGUAUGUUGAUCUUAUGUCUCAGCCUUCUAGGGCGUUGUACAUAUUGCUGAAGCACGUUAAAUAUGAUAAGUUUAUGCCGACAUUAGUAAACUUGGCAAAAGGAGAGCAUUAUGGUGAUCAAUUCACGGCUAUAAACCGAAUGCAAAGAGUGCCAGUAAUCGAUCAUAAUGGAUUUAUUUUGACCGAAAGUGUGGCAAUCAUGAAAUACUUAUCCCGUGAGAACAUCAUUCCCGACAAUCUAUUUCCUAAGGAAACCAAGCAGCGAGCUCGUGUAGAUGAAUUCUUAGCAUGGCAUCAUGUUGGCUUAAGAAUACACUGCGCUAUGUACUUCAGAACAACGUUUUUGGAUCCGAGAAUAACUGGGACACAACCGAACCCUAAAACCGUCGAAUCAUAUUUUCGACGCAUGGAGAAUGCGCUUCAAGACUUUGAUACCAAGUGGCUGGGACGCGGCACCGACUUUAUCACAGGGAACAGUAUCACUAUUGCGGACUUGAUGGCUGCUUGCGAAGUUGAACAACCUAGAAUGGCCGGCUACGAUCCGACGGAGAAGUAUCCGAACAUCGCAAAAUGGCUGCCCAUGGUACGGGAAUACUUCAACCCGCAUUAUCAAGAGGCGCACGUUAUUCUCAACAAGGUUGUUGCUAAGCAACAGAAGCAGACUGCCAAGCUCUAAAGCUUAAUAUGAAAAAAGUUACUACGAAAAUCGAUUCUUUGUCAAUACGUUUGUAACUAACGCUCGUUACAGUCGUUUUCGUUAGAUACUAUUGUAUUUAACGGGUGAUGGUAUCACAUCUACUUUUAUUUUAAGAGAUUAUAUUUUCCUACUGUUGUAUAAAUGUACGUACUCGUUGUUAAUUGUAAAUAUCAUUGAUUUUCUAUUUUGUAUAUUGGGUUUUAAACAGUUUUCGUAAAUGACGCUCAUACGAG